UUAAAAACUUUAUUUUUCUUUAACCAGAGACCAAAAUGUAGGGGUCAAAGAGUCGCACGUGGCUCAGGAGCCUUUGGAGUUUGAGCCCCUGGUCAGGGCCUUUCAAUCUGGUGCUCUCAUUUAUCACCAAUUCCAAAGUGUUCUUCCCGCCUAUUAAAUGUUGGAGCAUUGCCUUGCAGAGUUCAAAUCUGAGAACAAUUCCAGGAAUCUGGAAAACCAGGGCGCUCAGAAGGAAGGAAAUAAUCUUCAUCUGGAGCAGUCUGAUUCCAUUCUGAACAUCACGAUUUCCUCCCUCUGCUGCAAAUGAGCUCUUAUUAUAUUACCUGGAUUUGAUUGUCAUUUUUAAUAGCAUCAAGCAUUUCUCAACCUUUUACAUAUUAUUUAACCUUUUGUGAACCUUCUCAUGUGGCAUUCUAACAGUUUUGCUGUAUUGUGUCCAUCAGUUUUCCGUCAAUUCCUCUUUUGUUUUCAUUGUCAAUUUUUCAAUGCUACAAUUACAAGGAGCGACCCCCCCACACACACACACCCAAACCUGAACAGGAAUCACAAAACAUCACAAACAAAAGGGACUUUCACUUUUUCCAGUCACCAUUCUGACAAAAAAAAAAAAAAAAAAAACACCUCAGCGCUGAUGUGAGGAAUGAAAACAGGAUGUCCUGUGCAGGCUGUAUUAUGUGGUGGUAGCUAUUGUUCAACUGGAAAUUAAAUGAACGACACAGAGCCCUCCCUCGACCAACCUUUGCCUUUUUGACUUUUUGUUGGAGGUUCGGUGUUUUUUUUCUUUGCUCUUAAAGACAAAAAAUGCCUUUCAGUUUUUCUUUAUUCGUUGUGUUAUUUGUGAGUUUUCAGUGCAUCUGCUUUGUGUCCAGUUGUGGUUCUGACCAGAUGUGUCCAGAUAAACCGGUUUUCACUCCGUCCUCACUGGUGGUGAAGUACGGAGAUCCAGCCUAUGCCACUUGUGUCGUCUGCCAAUCUGGCUGCAAUGAAGAUGUCUCUAAUUUGGAAAAGUCUUCUGGGACGACAGAGAAAAAUGGAAGGACAAUAAUGUGGAAUGUUAGCAGUCUGACUGAAUGGGACAGUGACCUCAUCUGCUUUAAUGAAGAUCAGAAUGGGACUCAGUGUUGUACCACACUGGGGGUAACUGUGUACCAAACACCAAAAGACGUUUCCUUCCGUGUUUUUAACCACUCUGGACCAAUGCUUGAGAACAGUCUGUACGCUCUUGUGUGUGACGUACAGGAUGUGGCUCCUGUUGGAAAACUGGUUGUGACCUUCUACAGAGGACUGACACAACUGAAGCAACUACAGCUUGCCACAAGAAUAGAAAAGAAACCAUUGAAUGUUACCUUCCUUCUGAGCUAUGAGGCCAGCAGAGAAGAUGAUGGAGCCCAGCUCUCAUGUGGAGCCACGCUGGAACUGGGACCUGAAGGACCACAGCACCUCUCAGUGGUCAAGUCACAGAACGUCACUGCAACCAUCCACUAUGGUCCUGAUCUGCUGGUAACGGUGAAUCCAGAUCCGAUCACAGUUGAGGAAGGAGGAAUUCUCUGUCUGAACUGCUCGGCUGUGGGAAACCCCGCCCCCUCAUACACCUGGACUCUCCCAUUCAGUGGCCCUCACUUUAGCAGCAGUGUUUUAACCAUUAAACCUGCUAGUUCUCAGCAUGAAGGGCAGUACAACUGCACUGUCAGCAACAGUAUCAAGACCGUCAGUGUGCUUUUUGACGUGAAAGUCCAAGGUUUGGAGGUCACCUCAUCGGCGCCCACUAAACCAGACCCAAGCUUAACAUCAGCAAGCAGCACUAUGACGACUCCUGGACCAAAGAGUGAUGCCACCACUGAGUUCAGCUUAUGGAUUCAUCAAAUCCUUCUGUGUUCCGUGAUUUUUGUCUCUUUUCUGAUCUUUGAGGUGAACAGCUGCGGUUCCGACCAGAUGUGUCCAGAUAAACCGGUUUUCACUCCGUCCUCACUGGUGGUGAAGUACGGAGAUCCAGCCUAUGCCACUUGUGUCGUCUGCCAAUCUGGCUGCACAGCAGAUGUCUCUAAUUUGGAAAAGUCUUCUGGGACGGCAGAGAUAAAUGGAAGGACAAUAAUGUGGAAUGUUAGCAGUCUGACUGAAUGGGACAGUGACCUCAUCUGCUUUAAUGAAGAUCAGAAUGGAACUCAGUGUUGUACCACACUGGGGGUAACUGUGUACCAAACACCAAAAGACGUUUCCUUCCGUGUUUUUAACCACUCUGGACCAAUGCUUGAAGGUGAUGUGUACACUCUUGUGUGUGACGUAUGGGAUGUGGCUCCUGUUGAAAACCUGGUUGCGACCUUCUACAGAGGAUACACAGAACUGGGCCAACCAGAGCUUUACCCAACAGAAAAGAAACCAUUGAAUGUUACCUUCCUUCUGAGCUAUAAGGCCAGCAGAGAAGAUGAUGGAGCCCAGCUCUCAUGUGGAGCCAAGCUGGAACUGGGACCUGAAGGACCACAGCACCUCUCAGUGGAAACACCAAAAGACGUUUCCUUCCGUGUUUUUAACCACUCUGGACCAAUGCUUGAAGGCGAUGCGCACACUCUUGUGUGUGACGUAUGGGAUGUGGCUCCUGUAAACCUGGUUGUGACCUUCUACAGAGGACCGACACAGCUGGGCCAACCACAGCUUUACACAACAACAGAAAAGAAACCAUCGAAUGUUACCUUCCUUCUGAGCUAUGAGGCCAGCAGAGAAGAUGAUGGAGCCCAGCUCUCAUGUGGAGCCAAGCUGGAACUGGGACCUGAAGGACCACAGCACCUCUCAGUGGUCAAGUCACAGAACGUCACUGCAACCAUCCACUACGGCCCAGAGCCCCAGGAUGCAGUGAAUCAGAUCAGCAUCUAUGAAGGAGAAACUCUACAGCUGAAUUGCUCAUCAGGGGCAAACCCUGACCCCUCAUACACCUGGAUUCUUCCAUUCACUGACUCUCCCCAUGGCAGCAGUGUUCUCACCGUUAAAUCUGUUGGUUCUGAGCAUAAAGGGCAGUACAACUGCACCGUCAGCAACAGUGUGAAGACGGUCAGCAUGGUAUUUGAGGUGGAUGUCCGAGUUAACUUCAUCCCGUACAUCAUAGCUGCAGCAGUUGUGCUUACCACUAUAAUUGUGGCUAUAGUAGCUGUGAAAAUGUAUUGCUGCUACAAACACAAGUACAUGAAAAAUUACAACCUGAUGGAUGUCUUCCGCCUGCGCCGACAACGCUCCCAAGGACCCUACUAAAGAGGGAGUCUACAAAACUGAGGAGGAUGGACAAUGUGAUGCUGUGCCCCCAACCCCCCACCCAAAAAAAAAAAAAAAACAAUCUUGGAGUCCUUUGAAAAGCUGUUGACUGUUUGGAUUCAUUAUUUUUACAUGCGAUAUUUAUGAGUGUUUGUAACAAAAGAAUGUGACUUUGAAACGUUUCUGCAGUUCGUUCAGUUAUAUAUUUGCUAAAAGAUGUUUUAAGACAGCUGUCUUGUUCUUUGUUCUAUAUCAAUUCAGAUUUUGAAGUUACUUUUUUAUUUUAGUAAAAGCUUACAUGUAUAUGAAUGUUAAGACACACAAGGUGUAUAUUUGUAUGAAUUCAUGUUGUAUUUGAGGCUAAACUUAUUGUGAUUAUAUACAUUUCUAGUUGGAAUAAAUGGAAAAGAGAAGGAGAAAAUGAGAUGUUAGAGAUGGUGAGUAAGGGUAUUAAAGAAUGGAGAAUCACAGCGCAA